UGUAACCGGAUUGUAACCUACAGUGCUCGUCAGUUUAGCCUGACCGAAUGUAAAGAGACGUUUUAUCUUCAGAAAAAAGAUGAAAAGGAAAGCAAAGCUGGUUUUGAGUGUGUUAUUGGCUGUGGUUAGUUUCCUCCCGUUAUCACAGAGCCUGGACUUAACAGGAUUGUUUGGUAGCUUCACUUCACCCAACUUUCCAAAUGUCUAUCCUAAUAACCAACGCAUGGUGUGGAACAUCACAGUCCCGGUAGGACACAGACUCCGGUUAUACUUCCAUCAUUUCAGCAUGGAGCCGUCUCUUAACUGUGAAUAUGAUUACUUAGAGUUGUUUUCAGAGGGCAAUGGUACCGUCCGGUUUUGUGGUGAGGAUGAGAAAAAUGAUGACGAUGCACCAAAGAAUGAGAUUUUCUACUCGACCUCAGACACCAUGUCUGUGAUCUUCAGAUCUGAUUUCUCCAAUGAGGAUCGAUACACCGGCUUUCAAGCUUUUUAUUCUGCAGAAGACAUCGACGAAUGCCUGAUUACGCUGGAUGGAGAACGUUUGUGUGACCAUUACUGCCACAAUUACUUGGGGGGCUAUUACUGCACUUGCAGACAGGGAUACCAGCUCCAUUCCAACAAAAGAGACUGCAUGGUGAAAUGCAGUGGCCAGGUGCUGGUGGGCAAGUCGGGCGAGCUCACAAGUCCAGAGUAUCCUCUUCCUUAUCCUCGAAUGUCUCAGUGUGAUUACACCAUCCGCCUGCUGGAGGGCUUCCAAGUGAGCCUGGAAUUUCUGGAUCCGUUUGAUGUGGAGACGCAUCCCGACACUCCCUGCCCUUAUGACAUUCUGAAGAUCACUGUGGGUAUGAGGGAGUAUGGCCCAUUCUGUGGAACAACGCCACCCGCCAGGAUUGAAACGGGCACUCAUGAAGUGCGCGUGACGUUCCGCUCCGACGGCUCUGGAAAAAACAGAGGCUGGAGGAUAAAGUACUCGAGCACAGCCAAACCAUGCCCAAACCCAGAAGCUCCUCUACAUGGAAACAUUCACCCUCAGCAGGACCAGUACAUCCUAACAGACACGUUCAACGUCACAUGUGACCUCGGUUAUAGGUUAACUCUGGGAAAGGAAAGCUUACCCGUCUAUCAAGCCAUGUGCCUGAAGGAUGGAUUCUGGGAUGGUCCGAUGCCUCUUUGUACUUUGGUUGACUGUGGAACCCCGAAGAAAAUCAGCAAUGGUGCAGUCGAAGUCACCAAGACCACAUAUAAAUCAACAAUCGAGUACCGCUGUGAUGAAUUCUACACGCUGAAGACCAGCACCAGUGGAGUCUACAGCUGUGCUCAUGAUGGCUUCUGGCGAGACACACUGGGGGGAAAAAAGCUUCCUAAGUGUGAACCUAUCUGUGGGAAGCCUAAAGGAAGGCUGGCCAGGGUGAUUGGAGGUGAAGAUGCAGAGAAGAAUGAAAUACCCUGGCAGGUAAUGAUCCUGAAGGGAGGUCAGGCCAAAGGCGGUGGUGCUCUUCUCAGUGAUGACUGGGUCCUCACAGCAGCUCACAUUCUACAUGACUUAAACGAAGUGUCCAGCUUAAGUGUUAAGCUGGGCAUGGUCAAUCGCCAGGAUCCCGAAGCAACAGUGGGCAUUCCUACAGAAUUCUUCAUCCAUCCUGGGUACCAUCACAACGGAAUCAACUUCAACAACGAUAUCGCUCUGAUUAAACUGAAUCACAAGGUGCCUAUAAGUGCAGCAAUCAUGCCAGUGUGUUUACCCAAGAAUGAGGAGCGUUUUAUCCUGAAGACUGAUGACUUUGGUACAGUGAGCGGGUGGGGCGUGUGGAAAAAGUCGAUUAAAUGGGGAUCUCCCACUCUAAAGUUUGCAAUAAUACCUGUUGCUGACUUUCAAACAUGUAAAGAUAAGUUUGACAGCAUAAAGUUAACAAAAGGGAAGCUCACGGUAACGGACAACAUGGUGUGUGCAGGUGUGCCUGAGGGCGGAGUGGACUCUUGUCAAGGGGACAGCGGUGGGCCGUAUGUAUUUUUGGACAUGGAAAAUCGUAGCUGGUACAUUGGGGGCAUUGUGUCUUGGGGUUAUGCUUGUGCUGAGCCUGGAUUUUAUGGGGUUUACACCAAAGUGACCAAUUAUCUGACUUGGAUUGAAGAGGUCAUGUCAAAAAAUAGUUAAAUAAACAGAUAAAUAACAAUAAA